AUGUUUCGUUGUUUGGGAAGCCGACGGUCGUUGUGGUGGAAAAGGAAGAAACGUCGCCUCAGCCGGGAUAACGACGGCCGCGGGCAUUCAUAUUCUUCUUGCUCUCCCUUCGAUUUGAGAGAAAGAUCCUUUUCUCUGAAGAAAAUUUCAAAAGAUUUAUUCGAAUUUUACGAUCAUUCACGAUUUGUCGCAGGCCUUGGUGAAUUGAAAGUUAUUCGCCCGUCUCAUGGAUCAAGAUCCGUCGUCGUCCGCUCCACGAAAUGUCUUUCCACAUCUGCUUACAAUCAGCCGCUCAACGUCAAGUUUGCUCCAAAAGCACCCGCUCCUAAAACACCGAAGUCCCCAGCUGCCAAGAUGUGCCCUCCACUGCUCCACAUUUCCCUGGCGUUGUUGCCAGUUGAAAUCACUGGAGGCCCGACAAUUGAUAGAAAGUCUGGUUUACUUGUGAGUGUACAAGUCUCCAAAACUGAUUUGAUGAUUUUCUAUUGCACUCUUGAAAUUUUAAUGUGUGCCACAUCUUCGACAAUUGUUCUAUCGUAUGGGAUUGUCUGCAGGAUCGAUGUAAUUGAGCUCGACCCCACUACGCGGAAGAGGAGCAUUAGAAAACGCUUGGUGGCAGUGGCCACAACCUGGUAA